AGUUUUUCUGAUUAUUAUUUUACGCUGAAAUGUAAAAUGUUAAGAAAAUUACCAGUAUAUUGUGCUUGAUCUGUAAAGAUCACUAAAACAUCUGUAGUUAAAUCUAUUCUCUCCAUAUAAUUACAAAAACAUCCGCUCAACAUAUUACUAACAAGACUAAAGUUUAUUUACAUGUAGCGAUCUACAGUAAGCUCUAACUUGGUAGAACUUACCUUUAUAAUGAAUAUACAUCUUCUAUAAACUAUAAUUAAGCUGUAGAACAACAAUGAAUACCAGUUCAAGGGUACAAUUGGUGUCUGAGGAUUUGAGCGCGUGCCGCGUCUGUUUGGCCACUAACACUAAGCUUUAUAGCAUUCCUGAUGGGCUUGAAGAGCAUUUUAUACAGCUAAUGGGCGUGGAAUACUCAGACGAUGAUGGGUUGCCGCAGCACUUGUGUCCAUUUUGCCGGGUGCAGAUACUGAGGUUUGCUGAUCUCCGCGCCCGCUGCCAACGCUCGCAGGCCCUGCUUAGAGAGAUGCUGAAACAACUUACUUUUCUUUCCACAGAUGACAUACUCUCAAUAGACAGAAAUUAUCACAAACUAGCCCUGAACUUGGUAACACUUAGUGUUUACUCAUUCAGCUCACUCGAAAAAAAGACUAACACACAACCUAAAGAAAUUUGCGAAGACUCAUUUGAUGACAGAGAGGAAUUGCCUGAAACUGAAAUAGAAAUCAAAGAUGAACCUACAGAUCCUUUAAAUAACGUUUCAAAUAAUAUUGAAGACACACUGAACCUAAAUAAUAGUAAUGACCUAGUAAUGCCUAAACAACUAGUUGUAGAGAUAGAUGGUUUAAACUUAGGUCAAAUCUCCGUUAAAAACUUAGAAACAGUCAAAGAAACCAAAAAGAAAUCUAAAAAGGAGGAUAAAGAAGUGAAAACUAAGAGGAUAUCGAACCUCCUCCGUUUUGUAGCCGGGAAAAAGAGAAACGCUAAGCCUUUGACAAAAUGGCAGCUGCAGUUGCGAAGAGCGGAGAAUAAUUUUUUGCCAAACUUUGAUCACGCCGAGUUUGAGUCGAAACAUGAUUGUAAGCUGAAGAUACUGACGAUCGAAGAGCAGCUCCAGGAGAUAGAGGAACGGAAGCAGAGCAGUAAUUAUUUGAAUCUGGAUUAUAAGUGCGAGCAGUGUGGGCGGGGGUUUGAGUUUGAGCAGCCUUUUAAGAACCAUAUGGCCAAGCAUGAUCCGAGUAUCGGUCCGUUCGAGUGCGACGUGUGUCAUAUUUACUUCCGCACGCAGUACCUGCGGCACCGCCACCUCGACUACCACAAGAUGAUGUUCAGCUGCAACCUGUGCGGGUUCGUGACGCGCGCCAAGUAA